AUGAUCGUGGAUGGAAGGAAGCGUGGAAGGGGGGGGGGCACCGAGGUGUACAGUCGAGCCUGCAGCAGUAACCGAGGUUACAGCUAGAAACGCCGAAGCAGAACUAGCAUUGGGGUUGGUCGUCGAAACAACAGGUAAGGAAACCGCGGUGUGAGCACGGCGGGCUGUCGAAACUGCGGGCAUAGUCCAAACUAGUGGCAUGGAAACCGCGGUGUGAGCACGGCGAGCAGGCGAAAAUGCUGUCACAGGCGUGAGCCGGAGCUACAGCACGCGUCCAGUGGGGUGGGUGACCGAAGUCAUACCAUAAGCCAUACACAGCCGGUUAGUACCGUUUGCGAGCAGUCGAAACUGCAGACACAGACGGUGUGAGCCGAAGCUACAUCACGUGUCCGGGUUGGGUGACCGAAGUCAUAAUCAACCGGUUAGUUUCGACU